AUGGUUAAUCAUAAGAACUCAGGAGGGUUAGCUACGAAAGAUAACGUCAGCAUCACUCAAGAUGAAAUUUCGCAUGACGAGAUAUCUCAAAGCGACACUCCAUAUAUUGACAUUAGUUUGGAUAUAGACGAAGAAGAAGUACAGCGCCGCAACAACUCGAAAUGGUUUCAAGUCAAGAAAUUUUGGUGGGAUGGGACUGGGAAACACCCGAAGGAGCAACAAUAUUUAAUGAAAUUGGAUUUUUUCUUAUUAACAUCGUCAUGUUUGGGGUACUUUAUCAAGAACUUGAACCAAACGAAUGUUACUACUGCCUUUGUCAAUGGUAUGGAUGAAUACUAUGGCAUGAACAAAAACCAAUACAACUACCUUUUGACAAUGUUCACCAUCGGAUACAUUAUUGGCCAAAUACCAUCGAAUAUGCUUUUGCACAAGAUUUCUAUCAGAUACUAUCUUGGUGGGUUGGAGAUUUUUUGGGCGUUCUUGACUCUCAUCAUGAUUACUGUUCCAUCUCAUAAAAUCAAGGCAUUGUAUGCAUUAAGGUUUCUUUCUGGGUUUACUGAAAGUGCAUAUUUCCCAUGUUUGGAGUAUAUCCUUGGUGCACAUUAUAGCAAAGACGAAGUCAGUAAACGAAGUGCAUGGUUUGCCAUUUCUGGUAAUUUGAGUGGUAUUGUAUCUGGUCCGUUGCAACAGGCAAUCAUUAAACGCUUUAGCAAAUCAGGCAUGCCACCGUUCAAAUGGAUGUUUGUGUUUGAUGCAGUUAUUAGUUUCCCCAUCGGGAUAUACACUGUUUUUGCUAACCCCAACACCCCAUCAACAACAAAUCUGUGGUAUUUCACUGAAGACGAUAAGAAGGUUGGGCUAGAACGCCGGAGAUUGAUUGGAGCUGAGAUUAAUACCAAAACCAACUAUUCGUGGAAGAAGGUAAAAUCGUUUUUCAACACCUGGCACAUCUACGUGUUUCCUAUUGUGUUCUUGUGUUACAACAAUUCGUGUGCUGCAAUUGGCCAGCCUACUUUUCAAACAUGGCUAAAACUUACUCUUAAGAAACCGUCGAGUGUUUAUAAUAGCUACCCUUCUAUCAUCAGUGGUGUUGGCAUUGCCAUGGCGUUGUUGUUUGCAUAUCUCAACGAUUAUCUUGGUGGUAGGAAAAAUGUUUGGUUUGUUAGUGGGUUCUUUGUCCCGUUGAUAAUUGGCUGUGCGUUGUUGGCCAAGUGGAAUAUCCCCAUUGGACUCCACUACCUCUGCUACUUUUUGGUCGGGGUACCCACCUCUUGGGGCCAGCCAUUUAUUUUUUCAUGGAUCAACCGGUUAUUGUACCACAAUGACAUGAAACGAAAUUUUGUUGUUGUUGUCACGAAUACAUUGCCUUACGUUACUGGAGCUUUUGUCCCCAUAUUUGUUUGGAACACCAACGAUAAACCGGAAUAUUUUAUUGGCUUUAGCUAUACUGCUGCAUUGUCUGCAUUGGGGUUGGUUGCAACGUUUGUUGCCCACUACUUGACUAUACAGGAUGAAAAUGGGGUUACCCUCAAAGAUUUAGAGCUGUAUGGGUCUACCGAGUUUAGCAAAUAA